GGAUAAGAACCAUUCUUUUCGAUCAUCAACCGCUCUAUUUCUGCAAAAAAACAUUUGGGGGUUUUUCAUUAGGGUUUCUGAUUAUUGCAAUUCCAAUCUGAAAUCUUCGAUAUUUCGAUCGUCAUGGAUGAUUGGGAGAUUCUUCAGUGCUCCGAUACAGAAUCAACUGAUUCGAUCACAUCGGUGAAGAAAUUGGAGUGUGUAAGUCUAAUCGAUGACGGUAUGAUUCUUUCUGAUCAUUUCUCUGCUACUGAUUUGAGUCACUACGGUGUAAUUGAAUCGGGUGAGGUUGGUGUUGAUUUGGGUUUUGAUCAGUUCAAUGUUAAUCAAUCUGGUGUUGAUUGUGUUAGAAAUGAAUUAGGGGUUUAUGAUUCGGAAACUCGAAUUUUGAGUGAUUUUGAAGUUGCCAACGUUGAGAGCAAGGAUGUUGCUGAAUUAACUGAUGCAAUUAAGAGAUUUUCGGAAGCAGACGGUCUCGAAGUCGUCGCUGAUGGAAGGCAGUCUGGUGUUGAAGAGCCAAUUGAGGAUUCGAGCAAGUCGUGUUCUGAUUUAGGGGGAUGUGAAUUGGUUUCUGGAGAUUCUGGGGUUGUGAAUGGUGAAGAUGAGAUUGUUUCUGAUGGUGGAGUUGCUUCUAGUGAAGCAUUUGAGGGAAAUGAAGGGAAUAUUAGAGAAGUUGUGGCUGCAAAUUCUGAUGAUGAGGGUAAAAGUAGAGAGACUGUGUGGUGGAAGAUGCCAUUUGUGCUUCUCAAGUAUUCGGUGUUUAAGAUUGGUCCGGUUUGGUCCGUCUCUAUGGCUGCAGCUGUGAUGGGUUUGGUUCUCUUGGGACGCAGAUUGUAUAAUAUGAAAAAGAAAGCUCAAAGGUUCCAUCUUAAGGUUACAAUUGACGAGAAGAAGGCGUCGCAGGUGAUGAGUCAGGCAGCUCGACUCAAUGAAGUGUUCACAGAAGUAAGAAGGGUCCCUGUGAUCCGCCCUGCUCUACCAUCUCCUGGUGCAUGGCCGGUUUUGAGCCUUAGAUGAGAAGCCGUUUCUACAAUACCUAUACACAGUGGAGAAUCAAUCGUACAAUGUGCAUCACUUUAUGUAUCGUAAGAAAACAAAUCCAUGUGUGUUUAUGUCGUACCUAUGCAUAAGUAGUAGUUUACCAUCUUAUGAAAUCGCUCAUGUGAGUCGUGUCCCUGCCGUGGGAUACACUGCAGAGUGAUUACAGUAGCGAUUUAUGUAUGUCCAGAGACUGAAAAUCCCAGUUGGUUAGCCUUUUUAUAUGUUUGAUCUUAAGAAUAUCACAAGCUAUGUGGGUUUUGUUAUGGA